UUGAGAAGAUCAACAAGGACAUCGGCACUCUUUCAGACACCGUCAGAGCCACGGAAAAGGAGAUGGGAACUGAACAUGCACUCUUCCUUCAGAACUUCAAGGCUACAAUGGAAAGAGCCCAGUACACACUGCCAGAUCUACCACAGCAGCCAGACUGCGUUUCAGGAUGUCUGAUCAAUGUGGCAGAACACCUGGGCAACCUAAAGUUCAGGGUCUGGGAGAAGAUGAAGAACAAAGUUCAGUAUACCUCUGUGAUCCUGGACCCAAACAGUGCCCACCCACGCCUCAUCCUGUCCAGAGAUCUGACCAGCAUCAGCUUCGGUGACGCUAAGCAGCUUCCUGACAACGCGGAACGCUUUGACUACUGGGAAUGUGUUGUGGGCUCAGGGGGCUUGGACUCAGGAUGCCACUGCUGGGAUGUUGAGGUCGGGGACAGCAAAGGCUGGGAUGUGGGUGUGACCCCCGAGUCCAACCAGAGGAAGGGGAUCAGCUUCUCCUGGGAGAGAGUGUGGCGUGUGGGCUUCAGGGAGACGGGGAUGCACUACUCAGGACCUCACCUCCACAAGCUCCAGCAGAGACUGCAGAGGGUCAGAGUGCACCUGAACAUGGCCACAGGGCAGCUGGCAUUCUGGGACCCCAUCAGUGACACACACUUGCACACCUUCACACACACCUUCACAGAGAGUCUCUUCCCGUUCUUCUACAGCAACCUCUCAAACGCUCCUCAAAGGAUUCUGCCAGGGAAGAUCUCAGUUUUCUUAGAAUAA